GUGUGGCUACACUGUGGCUCAAAACACUCGGGGCGAGUCACGGGAUCAUCGCAAGACCACAGCUCUGCACUUGACUGUGUCUGGAAGAGCGUGCUUUUUAAUUGUUUUAUGCAAUAUAUUCGAGCUUUUAAAUUUAAAUUUAUUUUUUUAUAUAUAAUAAGUCAUUUAUAUACGUUGACAUUAACAUCAAAUAAAUAACUACAUAACUAAAGGGUCCUGCUGUGGCCGUUCUGUCUGCGUUGAAGAGUCAUGAAGCCCGCGCUGCUCCGCUGCUGCUUCGCUUUAUUCGCUCUCAGCGGAUUUCUCAGUUUGGCAAGAAGUGGGAAGGUGUUCCGACAGAUCAAAGAGCAUGUGCGCUGGUCCCAGGAGCUGAGGGCUCACAAGCACUUGCAGCUGUACGAGGUUGGAGGGGGCCCCUGGCCGAAAGCAGAGACACUGAGGCAGCCCCUGGACCAUUUCAACAGGCAGAACAACGCCACCUUCCCCCAGCGGUUCUUUGUGAACGAUGGGUUCUGGCAUCCGCAGGGUCCAGUGUUCCUGUUUAUCGGGGGCGAAUCCUCCAUCUCAGAGUACUCCGUCCUGUCAGGUCACCAUGUGGAUAUGGCACAGCGCUACAGUGCCCUGGUGGUGGCGCUAGAGCACCGGUACUACGGUGCCAGCAUCAACCCGGACGGGCUGAGCCUGGAGAACAUCCGAUUCUUGUCCAGCCAGCAGGCGCUCGCAGACCUGUCAUCCUUCCACCUCUACAUCACUCGGCGCUUCAAUCUGACUCGUAACAACACCUGGCUGUGCUUCGGCGGCUCCUACCCCGGCUCACUCUCUGCCUGGUUCAGACUCAAGUUUCCUCACCUGGUCUUCGCUGCAGUUGCCUCCUCCGCGCCAGUCCGAGCCCAACUGGACUUCACAGGUUACAACAAGGUCGUUGCGGAGAGUCUCUCCAAUCCCGUGGUCGGAGGCUCUGAGAAGUGCCGACAGGCGGUGUCUGCUGGGUUCCGCGCCGUAGACGCAAAGCUGAAGGCAGGGAACCUGUCCGAGCUGCAGAAGGACUUCCUGAGCUGCGGGUCUCUGGUCCUGCCGGAGGAUCAGAGCGAGCUGGUCUCGAACCUGGCUGACAUCUUCAUGGGCACGGUGCAGUACAACCACGAGGGCGCAGGAUAUGACAUCGCCGCCGUCUGUGACAUCAUGGUCGGGGGCGGCGAGGGGGAGUCCAGCUACACGAGACUCACACACGUGCUCAAGGAUUACCUGGCCCGCAUGGCGCUGUCCUGUCUUGACUGCUCGUUUCAGAAGAGCCUGUUGGAGCUGCAGAGCACUCGGCUCGACCCGGUGGGGGUGGGGGAGCGGCAGUGGGUCUACCAGACCUGCACAGAGUUUGGAUACUAUCAGACCUGUGAGGACCCCCUCUGCCCCUUCUCCUCCCUCCUCUCUCUGAGCUCCCAGCUCCAGCUCUGCUCCCAGGUGUUUGGGAUCUCCUCGGCUAGCGUGGGCCCUGCAGUGACGUUCACCAACGAGUUCUACGGGGCAGACCACCCCAAAUCCAGCAGGAUCCUGUUCGUCAACGGUGAUAUUGACCCCUGGCACGCGCUGGGAGUGCUGAAGGAUCGCUCUCAUUCGGAGCGAGCCAUUCUCAUCAACGGCACAGCCCACUGUGCGGACAUGAACCCCACCCAGCCCCAGGACCCCCCCCCGCUCACACUGGCCCGCCAGCAAAUCGACAAGCAGGUUGGUGAUUGGCUGGAAGCAGCUCGGAAGGAGUUUUCUUAACGUUCAUCGACCAAUGAGGUCCCGGUAUUCCAAACCUUCGCCUGAGCGUUUUUGUUGUGUCUAUUUACCCCCCGCCACCCCCACCCCCCACCCCACCCCCCACCCCACCCACUGUGACUUAAAAUCUCAUUAAAAUACAUAAAUAAACACAGUUACAAAAAUGAAUACAGAAUCUAAAAUUGGCAAACAAAAAACCAGAAGGGACGAUUCUCAUGCAAAGACCAUUCAACUCGAGUCAGGAGAGGAAGAGGAGGAGGAGAAUUCUGUUUUUCUUACUAUGAAUUCCCAUCGUUCCUCAUUUCUGCAAGUAUUUCCCCACUGUCUUCUCAUUUUUUUUUUCAUUAUUAUCGGAGGACGUCAUACGAUAAAACAAAGAAUGUCUAAGUAAUUGAGGCUGCGGAGAAUUAAUUCGCUGUGUAGCCUUCAUCCUAAUGCAUACAAUUCCGUAAAAAAAUAAAUAAAUUAUCCGGUUUUGUUUUGAUACUGAAAAUGCGAUUGAAACAUGAGAGGUCACCUUUUAUUAACCAGCUGCCGAUUUUUAUUCAUUUCAUACAUAAUAUUUUUUUUUUUGCAUGUUUCAUUCGCAUUCAGUAGGUUUAGGCACCUAAUUCUUUAUUUUUUCCUUCCAGUACAAGAACCUUAACAAAAAAUAACAUAAAGACGCGCUGUCAUUGCAGGGCGUGGAGCUCCUGACACACCCUGUAGUUCACACUUUCUCUCACCAGAGGGCACUGUUGUACCACGAGCCGCUCUGUUUGUGAAUACAAUGUUUUUUUAAUGCCAUGUGCUGAAUUGCUGUGCAGGACUUAAAGGGAACGGGCCAUCUUAAUAAAACUAACGGGACGUCUUUUUAAAAGGACCGUUGAGCCCCAGCGUGUCUGAACAAUCGGCCCCCAGUACAGCACAGCCCUGCUAGAUAGCUCAGCCCUGCUGGACAGCUCAGCCCUGCUGGACAGCACAGCCCUGCUGGACAGCUCAGCCCUGCUGGACAGCUCAGCCCUGCUGGACAGCACAGCCCUGCUGGACAGCUCAGCCCUGCUGGACAGCUCAGCCCUGCUGGACAGCUCAGCCCUGCUGGACAGCUCAGCCCCUUGUCAGAGAAUGCACCAACCAGUCCAGGGCUCUGUGUUAAAUAUUUUAGGAGGUUAUUUGAAUUGGGGGGGGGGGGGGGCUGUGCUUUGAUCAAACCAACGCUCCCCCGAUUUCCGGGUUUUUCUACCAGCUUGGUUAGCUAACAAGCUCACGUGUGUCUUAUUAAUAAACUCGCAGUGAAACCAGGAAUGGAUCAGCAGGAGUCUGAUUCCCACCCCUGUGUUUUUGAACAAAUUGAAAUUCUGAAUUCUCUUCCAACUACUUCUAAAAUUGUCGGAGCUGUGUGUGUGAUUUUUUAAUUAUUAUUAAAACGCCCGGUUGUUUUAAUAUCGUGAAAUGUUCUUUCUAAUUAUGAACACACUGUAAUUCAGUGAAAUAUAUGAAAUGCUUUAAUUAAAGUUUUGGGAUUUUGAUUUUUGUAUGAACAGAAAUGGUGAUGAUGAUAAUAAACUGCUAUUCUUCCUGAAA